AUCAACCGAUAAUUUGUUAACGUCCUCUUUUUAUGUUAUUUAUUAACACGAAGUGCGGUAAUUAAUUUGCACAAUGAUAAGGGAUCUUGAGACAAUAUCGUUCGCGUAAUUGCUUGAAUAAAAUACGCGGAAUGGAUUGACUGCUAAAUAUCACCAAAAAAUCUAUAAGGAUGUUCCAGAUCGUUAUUUUUCAUCCAGUUUUGAGUUAGACUCAAUCCAUAAUACAUGAUGGCUCGCGUGCAAAGCAUCGCGUCAACAUCGUCAGAAAACGAAAGAAAGGAUUCACUUACCGUGGAACAAAUCUUACACCCGCCUAUAGUGAUUCUAAAAUGGAGCGGAAUGUACAUGGAAUAUCAGGGAAAUGAAUUCAAAAUCACUCGUAAAAUCGCUGGAAAACUGAUUUUAAACGCGAUUACUAUGUUAUUAUUUGUCUGCAUUAUCAUCAGAAAUAUAUUUGGCAUCGUAAGCAAUGGAGAUUUUUCCGACAAACUGAUGGGUAGAAUUGUUUUUACACAUGUAUUCAUCAGCGACACCUUAUUGUUUCCUGCUUUUGUCGUAAUCACCACGAGUAAUCUCCCGCGCAUUCUAUCCAGAUUCAGGUCGUUUCAAAACGAGUAUGGGUUUGCGACAGAUGUAAGAAAGCUGCGGAACGUUGUCAAGUGGACUUUUAAUAUAACGCUGGGAAGUAUUUUGAUUACAUUAUCAAGCAUGAUACCCUUGACAAGUUCGCGUAUAUUAGAUGAAUCUGGACUCAUCAUCAGUCGUCUGCUGCCAUAUCGAUAUAGAGAUGGAUAUGUUUUUGAUCUGAUAUCUGUGAUUGAAACAUUUGUCAUGAAUUAUUGCACGCUUAUAAUAGACUUAGAAUUACUAGUCGUGUUCGUGUUUUCACAUAUAAUCAUUAAAGAGUUUGAAAGAGUGACUAGAAAGGUUAAUAUCGCUAGAGACAAAGACGAUCUGUCUGCACGGGACAUUCGGAGUCUUAGACAAGAGCACUACAGAGUGACGGAACUACUUUUAACGGCAAACAGUCUGAUGCAACUGACCGUGCUGCUUGUGUACAUGAUGCUACUUCCGGGAAUCUGCUUCACGGUCUAUGGAAUCGUGUACAGCAAUUUUGGAAUUUUUGACAUAAUCUUACUUGCUCUCAUGCUUAUAAUGCAAAUACUAGGAAUGAUUCUAAUGACUGCAAUUGGAGCGAAAAUAAAUUCACAGGCGCAUGGUGCUCUUGGAGGUCUUUUUGCCCUAAGCCUUAAGAAUUUGUCUUCAGAGGCACAGUACCAACUACAGAUGUUUAUAUCCCAACUGUCCGAUCAGACAAUAGGAAUCAAUGUUUGUGGUCUCUUCACUAUGGAUGGUUCAACUUUUCUCAUGAUAUUUGGAACAGUGGUCACCUACACCGUGGUCGUCCUCCAAAUCCAAGCCGGAAGCUGUAACAUCACGCAUGUCAACAACUGUAACUGCACUGUAUGAUAAAUCCAGACCGGAAGUUGUAACAUCACGCACGUCAACAGCUGUAAUUGCACUGUAUGAUAAAUCCAAGCCGGAAGCUGUAACAUCACGCACGUCAACAACUGUAACUGCACUGUAUGAUAAAUCCAAGCCGGAAGCUGUAACAUCACGCACGUCAACAGAUGUAACUGCAUUGUAUGAUAAAUCCAGGCCGGAAGUUGUAACAUCACGCACGUCAACAACUGUAACUGCACUGUAUGAUAAACAGCCACUCAAUCCAGACGGAACAAUGCAUCAAAUGAUCGUUACAUUAUCAAUUUAUUGUGAUACAUAAAUGUACCACGUGACUGAACAAGAAAAGGCCAUGUGAUUUUUUGGACACUGUGUUUGUAUAUAAUAUUGAAACGAUAGUCGUUUUACAAACCAGUUACAAAUGGUUGCACAAAUUACAGCGAUUAUGGAAGAAUUUUAUAUUGUUUGCUAUGAUAGAAUUGCUCAUUAAUCUUCUAUCAUUGAUAACGCAAAUUAUAUACAAAUGUAUGUGGACAUCUGUCUGGUUUGUUGAUUAUUUGUUUCAUAUCAGAAUUGACUUUGAAUUUAGAUCAAAUUAGAUAGCAAACUUGCUUUAUGGACGAAAAUUAAAUUUACAAAGUAG